GACAGCAUCAAGCAUGCCGGGAGCUUGGAGGUAGCCCCUGGGGGCGGGAGCUAGGCAGGUGUGACAUUGGCAGCGCAGCGAGGGCCUAGUCAGGGCCUGCCGAGACUGGAGCGCUGGGGGCAGAGCAGCCCCCUUGGGCGCGAGAAGGGCCGUGUGGGCAGGAGCUGGGCCAGGCCGUGUAACCCAUGUGGUGCAGGCGGCAGUGCGGUUUCCGUGGCACCCAGAGCCUCUCCUCUGUGAUACAUUUGAAAGCUGUUUUGGAAGCUACUCCCGUGGGGGCAGGAAUUUGCUGGCGUGAACGAGUCUCUGGGCCUUGCAAUCCCUUCCCCUUCCGGGAGGGUCUCCCACCCUGUGGCACACGCGGCCGCCCGGCCGGUGACGAGGGAGGAUCCCGAGGCGGAACCCUUGCGAGGCGGAACCUUUCCGCCAGGGCCCGCGUUGGUGUCCGGAGCGGGUUGGCGGACUUGUUCGCUGGAGCCCUGGUGUGACUGAGGCCCCGCCUCCCGACCUCUUCCCAUGUGGGUCUGAGACUCCGAGUAGAGGCUAAGAUGGCGGCGCCCCGCCAGCGGCUGGAGACGUGUCUGAAGCUGCUAGGUGCUGCCGCGGCGCAGCCGGAGCGCUUCCUCAGUGUGCAAGAUGGACUGGCUGCAGACUUCAGUUCUUUGACAAAGACUCUUUAUGAUUUGCAUAAGGCACUAGGGACAAAACUAGUCCGUGGGAGUCCUUUAAAAAAACUGAUAAUAGAAAACUUUGAUGAAGAACAGAUCUGGCAACAAAUAGAGCUACAGAAUAAUGCAGUUCUAGACUACUUCAAGAAAGCUGUUGUUAGAGAUGUUAAAGACAAAGAUCUGUACCUUUUCCCAGCCGAAGAAGAGGAUGACUUUGAGGCAGACGCUAGCAGUGAUAAGCAAAUGGAACAAGAAGAUAGCAUGGAAGCAGAAUCUGCCCGUAUUGAAGAUGAAAGUGAGGGUAAAGAAAAGCAAAGUAAAUCCAAAGUAAGGAAAAGGCAGAUAUGUAGUGAUGAGGAUUCAGAUGUUGACGAGCUAGAGCAACAGGUUCAAAAGUUGAAGAAGAGUACCUGGAAAAAAUCAAGAGAAAAGUCUGUAGUGGAUGAUAAAUUUUUCAGCUUGGCUGAGAUGGAAGCCUUUUUGGAAGAUGUAGAGAAAGAAGAAAGCAUGAAGGAGGAGGAGGAGGAGGAGGAGAUUGAUUAUUUUGAAGAUAUUCUUUCUGAUGAGGAUGAAGAAGAAUCUGAAAAAGAUAAAAUCAAGCCAGUUAAAAGUUCUAGAAAUUUGAAAUAUAAAGAUUUCUUUGACCCUGUUGAUGACAAUGAUGACCUCGCUAAUGAUAGUGAAAAUGAUCAGAAUGAUGAAGAGGAGGAGGAUGAAGAAGGCAUUUUUGAUGAGAUUGAGGAAAAUACUGAAAUGGAUGUAAUGGAACAGAAUGUGAAAACUAAAGAAGUCUCUAAAAAGGUUACUUUUAACUUACCAGAGGAUAGUGAAAAAGAAGACAAUACAGAUAUACCAGAUGAGAAGAGAACUGAUCCCAUUGGAAUAAAAUCUUCUUUUGAGAAAAGGCAGGAAAAGAUGCAUGAAAAAAUUAAAUCUCUAGAAAAGGAGUUGUUGGAGGAAAAACCUUGGCAGCUUACAGGAGAAGUGACUGGACAAAAACGACCUGAAAACAGCCUUUUGGAGGAAUCUUUGCUCUUUGAUCAUGCGGUCAGAAUGGCUCCUGUGAUCACAGAGGAAACCACCUUUCAGCUUGAGGAUAUUAUCAAACAGAGGAUAAAAGAUCAGGCUUGGGAUGAUGUAAUACGUAAAGAAAAAGCAAAAGAAGAUGCCUUUGAAUACAAGAAGCGUCUAACUCUGGAUCAUGAAAAGAGCAAAUUGAGUCUUGCUGAAAUCUAUGAGCAGGAAUAUUUGACACUCAACCAACAAAAAACUGAAGAGGAAGAAAAUCCUGAACACAUAGAAAUUCAGAAAAUGAUGGACUCGCUCUUCCUAAAAUUGGAUGCUCUUUCCAAUUUCCACUUCACACCUAAACGACCCGUGCCAGAGGUUAAAAUCAUCUCAAAUCUUCCAGCUAUAAUUAUGGAGGAAGUAGCACCAGUUAGUGUUAGUGAUGCAGCUCUCCUGGCUCCAGAGGAGGUUAAGGAAAAGAAUAAAGCUGGAGAUGUGAAAACAGAUGCAGAAAAGACUGCCACAGACAAAAAACGAGAACGAAGAAAGAAGAAGCUUCACAGACGUAUGAAGCUAAGGGAGAAGAAGCAACAUCAAAAACUCCUGGAAAAAACAAAACCAAAACAAGGUGCACAACUCAGCAAACAAGCUUUUGCGGCAAAAUUAAAAAAGCUCACCAAAGAAGGCAAAACAACUUUGCUCAAGGAUGAAGGUAAAGACAGGGCUUUGAAAUCAUCUCGGGCAUUCUUUUCUCAAUUACAAGAUCAAGUAAAAAUGCAAAUCAAAGGUGCAAAGAAAAUACAGAAGACACAGCAAGAAUUUUCUGCUCAAAAACUUAAAUUAUAAUACAUUUUAUACCUGCUAUAUCUUGUAUAUAUUAAAGUAAAUGUUUCUAAUUUGUUAACAUUG